AUGGCUCCCGCAAGAAACGGGCCAGUGGUACCAAUUCUAGGGUUACUGAUUUGUGCAGCUUUAAUCUAUUUCUCAAUUCGUGGUUUGUGGCUCAAUCACAAAGGGAAAACCGAGUUAGGGUUUGUGAAACGGAACGGAACUCAGUUCGUGGUUGAUGGUGAGGCUCUGUAUGUAAAUGGGUGGAACUCGUACUGGUUCAUGGACCAUGCGGUGAAUGAACACCGCAGAUUCUUUGUCGGUGAAAUGCUUGAAGCUGGAGCUAAGAUGGGUCUCACUGUUUGUAGAACUUGGGCUUUCAAUGACGGCGGCUACAACACUCUUCAGAUCUCUCCUGGCCGUUUCGAUGAACGAGUCUUUAAGGCUUUGGAUCAUGUAAUUGCAGAGGCAAGGAAGCAUGAUAUUAGAUUGCUUCUUAGCUUAGUGAACAACUUGCAAGCUUACGGAGGCAAGUCACAGUAUGUGAAAUGGGCAUGGCAAGAUGGUGUUGGUCUUAGCUCCUCCAAUGAUUCCUUCUUCUUUGAUCCAUCUAUCCGCAAAUACUUCAAGAACUAUCUCACGGCUCUGCUAACCCGCAAGAACACAGUAAAUGGAAUAGUGUAUAGAAACGACCCUACGAUUUUUGCUUGGGAGUUGAUAAACGAGCCUCGAUGCACGUCUGAUGUCUCUGGCGACACCCUCCAAGACUAG